AUGUUUUUUACUCAGAUCAUAACCACUGCGUUUUUCUCCAUUUUCCUCCUCCUGAGCCCAAGCCUCAGUGAAGACACAGUGAUGGUGGACUUAGGAUUACAUCAGCUGCAGCGACUAGUGGAUCUUCUGACAGUUCAUGAGUGUGAAGAGCUUCUAAUGACCCUCUCAAACCCAGUUGAAAACAUCUCCAAUCAGCUCCAUUCCCUCUCUGAAGAAACAAACCAAUUCAGAAUGAUAGGCCGCUCACCCAGAGAUACAGACAAAAAGUCCCACUGUCAUUCAGUACUGAUUGACUGGCUCCAGACCAAUGGUGAACAGAUGUACUACGACAGACUAUCUCGCACUCUUCAACAGAUUGGAAGGACUGACAUUGCAAUAGAGUUAGGUAAGAACAUUAAUCAGGACAAGACUCUGGCCAUGCAGCGCUAUGUUGACGAAUACCAUGAGCACAUCAACCAAAUACCAUCCUAUUUAAUGCACUCUCAAGCUGAGGAAACACAUCAUUCUGUAAAAAAAGCGAGGAGCUUGUCCUGGAAGCAUUUGGACCUGGUCGUGGAGUGGCAACCAACGCCACCAUACCAGCACCACAUGAUGGAUGGUGUAUGGCCUCUGAUCAUUGGCCUCAUCCUUGGAAUUGUUGGUGCACUGCUCUUAGGCAUACCUACGUUAUUGCUCUUUAUCUUAGGUCUAUCACAAUGUGAUCUCCCUGGUCAAUCCUAAUCUAUAAUCCCAACACCAAAUGUAUCAUCAUUCCUUUUCCUGUUGUGAACAUUCUAUUGAAUCUGUGUUUUUAAAUUGAGCUAUGAUUGUACAUAAACAUUUUAAAUAAAUUCAAAAUCCUCUUGAAA